AUGGAGCUUAAAGAUUUCUUUGUAGGCCUUGUGGUUGUAGUUGCAAUAGCAACAAUAGCUAGAGCAGGUUAUGUCAGCGACUGUGCAAAGCAGUGUCCCUACGGCCAUGUUCAGGACUCGACCAGGUGCCAGUGCGUUGUUAGAUGUCCUCUGUUGAAAUGCGUCACCGGCCCAUUUCCCUGCAAAGAAUACCAAAGAGACGCCAACGGUUGCCCCACUUGCAAGUGUCUGGACCGCUGCUUCAGGAGCAGAUGCCCUAGAAUUUGCCGCGCGGGCACUGAAACCUACAUCGACGAGAAAGGCUGUACAGCUUGUAGAUGUAAGCCACAGCCUACUGUCUGCAACCAUCAUGUCAGAUGUAGCCAGCACUGUCCUCAGGGCUACGCCAAAGAUGCCAACAAUUGUGACACCUGUCAAUGCCAGACAUCUUCUUCUCCGUGUGGGUGGCAUUCAUGUGGGCUGACGUGUCAGUACGGGCGGGUCCGAGACCACAAUGGUUGUGAGCUGUGUCGGUGUAACCCCAAGCCACUGUGCGGGCAGGUCUGUCCAGGCACCUGCCACAGAGGUCGAGUGCUGGAUGCGCAUGGUUGCCCUACAUGUCAGUGCCUUGGUUAG